CAGAUGGAGGACCCUGCAGACUCUGGCGGUGGCGGCAGUGCGGCUCCAGAGGGCCCCACAAUGCAAGUGACGGAGAUCCGCUGCCCAGCAGGAUCACGUCCUUUGCGCUUGCUGGACUGGAAAGUUAAACCUGGAGCUCUUGUUAAUCUGGACAGUGUUAUUGCGAUAUGUGUCCCUAUCCUACCGGAGAGAGAGGCCGGAUCUCAGUUGGACAGACAGGCAGAGAAGAAGGUGAAAUCGGAUCGUGCUGGAGUUGUGAGAGAACUGUGCUGUCAAGUUGGACAGGUCAUAUCGCCUGGGGGUGUCAUUGCACGGAUAGAGGAAUGCAGCCACCCCAUUGUUAUGAAGGGACUGUGUGCUGAAUGUGGCCAGGACCUAACACAGCUACAGAACAAGAAUGGGAAGCAGCAGGCUCCCAUCUCUACGGCGACCGUUUCCAUGGUACACAGUGUUCCGGAGCUGAUGGUCAGCUCAGAGCAAGCUGAACAGCUGGGUCGAGAGGACCAGCAACGGCUGCACAGGAACAAGAAGCUGGUACUGAUGGUGGACCUGGACCAGACGCUGAUCCACACCACAGAACAGCACUGCCAGCGCAUGUCCAAUAAGGGAAUCUUCCAUUUCCAGCUGGGACGGGGGGAGCCCAUGCUGCACACUCGCCUGCGGCCUCACUGCAAGGACUUCCUGGAGAAGAUCGCCAAGCUUUAUGAGCUGCACGUGUUCACGUUCGGCAGUCGUCUCUAUGCACACACCAUCGCAGGCUUUUUGGAUCCUGAGAAGAAACUCUUCUCUCAUCGCAUCCUGUCCAGAGACGAGUGCAUUGAUCCAUUUUCGAAGACGGGGAACCUCAGAAAUCUGUUUCCGUGCGGAGAUUCCAUGGUCUGCAUCAUAGAUGACAGGGAGGACGUGUGGAAGUUCGCUCCUAACCUCAUCACGGUGAAGAAAUACAUCUACUUCCAGGGCACGGGUGACAUCAACGCCCCUCCGGGCUCGCGGGAAGCCCAGACGGCCCGAAAAGGUAACAGCGCUAACCGACCUCCUGAGAGCACGGAAACUGCCGGAACGUCGGGAGGACAGGAGGAGCAGAGCAACGGUCUCAGGAAACGAGGCAAGGAGCGCCAACCUGGGCGCGAGGAGGCGCCGGCCUCUGCCUCCGCCACUCAGGGAGCCUCAACCAAUGAGAGGACUCAUGCCCAAGGGGAAGGGGAGAGGGAGGGAGAGGGGGCGGAGAGUUUGCGGGUGACGGACAGGGCGAACGAGAGGUUAGAGGACGAGACCGACAACAGUCGGACGGGUGACUCAGGGGACGGGGCCAACAGGUCGAAAGUCGAAAGCGGAGGCAACGACCUAGACUUUGACCUCUCUAGUGACAGCGACAGCGAGGAAGGUAAACCCGGACUGUCGGACAGUGACGGGGAGAGUUAUCCCGCUGGUGCUGGGAAAACUGGGCCGGCUGGGGCGGAGGACUGCGCGGCUGGAGACGGCGGGGAGGAAAGGGAAAAACAGCACAGUACGGAAGCGGAGGAAACGGCGGACGCGGAACAGGAGGUCCUUAACGAGUUGGGGAACGGCUGCGCCGACAGGAAAGAGGCGGAGACGGAAUCGCAGAACAGCGGGCUUUCGGGGGCCGCCUUGGGCGAGGAGUCGCUGGACCACAGCAUGGAGGAAGAGGAAGAGGAAGAGGACGAAGAUGAAGGAGACGUCGACCAGGACGAUCACCUUAUCUACCUGGAGGAGGUGCUGACGCGUAUCCACGCCGAGUACUACUCCCGUUACGAAGUCUACCUCAGAAAAGAGAGCUCGGAGGUUCCCGACAUCCGUAAGAUCGUCCCCGAACUCAAGAGCAGAACACUAGAGGGCAGCACCAUUGUUUUCAGUGGCCUCUACCCUACUAACUACCCCAUGGAGCGGACGCGGGAGUUCUACCAUGCCAAAGCACUGGGCGCCAAAAUCAGCAAGAACCUGGUCCUCAGUGCCAAAGACCCCAACCGAACGACACACCUCAUCGCAGCUCGGGCAGGCACAGAGAAGGUGAGACAGGCCCAGGGAUGUAGGCACUUGCAUGUAGUCAAUCCUGAUUGGCUGUGGAACUGUCUGGAACGCUGGGAACACGUGGAGGAGAAACUCUUUCCCCUCAAGGACGACUAUGCCAAGAGUCAGAGGAGUAACAGUCCAGCCGUCUUUCCUGACACCCAUGGGGCUUUCCCAUCCCCUCUCUUCCACCCAGCACCCAUCCACCCCAAACCCCUGCUUCCUGCCCCCGAAAUCCGGACGUACGAUCCCGUCACCGGGAAGCUGAUCCGGAGAGGUCCCCAGGCCUCCCGUCCUCCUUCGUACCUCCAGGGUCACGGGUCGCUGCCCCCCCACGGAGAUCAGUCGUCAUUCAGGGCGGUGCAGGGCUCGCGGCGGCAGGACGAGAGCGCGGGCUCCAGCCGGGACGAGGAGCAGCCGGGUCCCUCGCGGAGGAAAAGACAGCCCAGCAUGUCAGAAACCAUGCCUCUCUACACGCUCUGUAAAGAGGACCUGGAGAGUAUGGACAAAGAGGUGGACGACAUCCUUGGAGAGGAGAGUGAUAAUGAGAGUGAAGGAAGGGGGAAAGAGGAGAGAAUGGAGGGGGAGGAAGAUGAGGAUGAGGAAGAGAAGCCGCAGAGCCGCGGGCAGAGCGCGCCAGCCGAGCACUCGGAAGCCCUGGGCACAGUCAUCGAGGAGGCAUCCCAGACGCCGUCUAGUGAUGAGGGCAGUUUAACUGGCAGCACGCCAAGGGGACACAAGAGAAAACUGGAGGAGGCCAAAGAGGAUGAUGAUGAUGAUGAUGGUGACUCGGACAGCCAGUCCAGCAAGGACUCUAAUGAGGAUGAGGAAGGCAGUAGCUCUGAGGCGGACGAAAUGGCCGCCGCCCUGGAGGCGGAGCUUAACGACUUCAUGUAACGAAUGGAGGAUGAAGGGACCCUAAACAGUCCAGCGCUAGACUAAUCUCACUGCCCCCUCUGCACAAGUGGUACCAGACCAACAGUUCAUAAGCAUUUAUGUGUGUGUGUGGGUCUGUGUGUGUGUGUGUGUGUGUGUGAGCACUGUUAUACAGUGCCAGUGAAUGUCUUGUAUAAAAUCUAUGGGUAUAUGAGUGGCUUAAGAUGUGGGCAGAUAAGUUUUAGUGGAGAAAAGGUUGGAUUAAUGACAUAAGACAAAAAAGGUGUUGACAUUUUAUU